GGCCGGGCGCCCGGAGCGGCGCGGCCACUGCCCGGGGGCCGGCCCUCGGCCCCGGCGCUCAGAGCGCGGCGGCUGCCUGGGCUUUAAUGGCUGCUCGGCGGGGCAGCGCGUAAGGGUGGAAGGAGGCUGCGGCGCAGGAAGGCGCCCGAGCGAGCCUCCUCUGGGGCCGGCCGCGCCCGCCGCGGCGCGCUCCAUGGGGGCCCGCUGACCCGGGGCGCCGGGGCCCGCCCGCUCGCCCGCCCGCCCGCCCGCCCGCCAGCCGCGCGUCCCGGCCAUGAACUGAGUCGGCGGGCCGGCACCGCGCCUGCUCCGCCCGCUCCUUUCUUCUCGCGCCUCCUCCGCCCGCCGCUGGCGGGCCCGGCUCCCCGGGGGCUGCGGCGCCCUGGGCUCAGCGGCCCGCGGGCCCCGGGGCGCGGGGCGGCGGCGGCGGGGGGCGCGCGGCUCCGGGCGCGGUGCCUGCACCAUGAACUACCAGCAGCAGCUGGCCAACUCGGCUGCCAUCCGGGCCGAGAUCCAGCGCUUCGAGUCGGUCCACCCCAACAUCUACUCCAUCUACGAGCUGCUGGAGCGCGUGGAGGAGCCGGUGCUGCAGAACCAGAUCCGGGAGCACGUCAUCGCCAUCGAAGAUGCCUUUGUGAACAGCCAGGAAUGGACGUUAAGUCGAUCCGUCCCGGAGCUCAAAGUGGGCAUUGUGGGUAACUUGGCCAGCGGCAAGUCGGCCCUGGUGCACCGCUAUCUGACCGGCACAUACGUCCAGGAGGAGUCUCCCGAAGGUGGCAGAUUCAAGAAAGAGAUUGUUGUUGACGGACAGAGCUAUCUGCUGCUGAUCAGAGAUGAAGGGGGCCCCCCAGAGGCACAGUUUGCCAUGUGGGUGGAUGCUGUUAUAUUUGUCUUCAGCUUGGAGGAUGAGAUUAGUUUCCAGACCGUCUACCACUACUACAGCCGGAUGGCCAACUACCGGAACACGAGCGAGAUUCCGCUGGUCCUGGUGGGAACCCAGGAUGCCAUCAGCUCCACCAACCCACGGGUCAUCGACGACGCCAGGGCGCGGAAGCUCUCCAGCGACCUCAAGAGGUGCACGUACUACGAGACGUGCGCCACAUACGGGCUGAACGUGGAGAGGGUCUUCCAGGACGUUGCCCAGAAGAUUGUUGCCACGAGGAAGAAGCAGCAGCUGUCCAUAGGGCCCUGCAAGUCCCUACCCAACUCUCCGAGCCACUCGUCUGUUUGCUCCGCACAGGUGUCUGCCGUGCACAUCAGCCAGACAAGUAAUGGAGGCGGGAGUCUGAGCGACUAUUCCUCUUCCGUCCCAUCCACGCCGAGCACCAGCCAGAAGGAGCUGCGCAUCGACGUGCCGCCCACGGCCAACACGCCCACACCCGUCCGCAAGCAGUCCAAGCGCCGGUCCAACCUCUUCACCUCACGGAAAGGGAGUGACCCAGACAAAGAGAAGAAAGGCCUGGAGAGUCGGGCGGACAGCAUUGGGAGCGGUCGAGCCAUCCCAAUUAAACAGGGCAUGCUGCUGAAGCGAAGUGGCAAAUCAUUGAACAAAGAAUGGAAAAAGAAAUACGUCACCCUGUGUGACAAUGGAGUGCUGACCUAUCAUCCAAGUUUACAUGAUUACAUGCAGAAUGUUCAUGGCAAAGAGAUUGAUCUUCUGAGAACCACUGUGAAAGUCCCAGGGAAGAGGCCCCCCCGAGCCACAUCGGCCUGUGCACCCAUCUCCAGCCCGAAAACCAAUGGCCUGUCCAAGGACAUGAGCAGCUUGCACAUCUCACCAAAUUCAGGGAAUGUCACUAGUGCGCCUGGGUCUCAGAUGGCGAGCGGCGUCAGCCUGGGCUCCUUCAGCAGCCGACCGGACGGCAUGCAGCAACGGUCCUACUCUGUCUCCAGUGCCGACCAGUGGAGCGAGGCUACGGUCAUUGCAAACUCAGCCAUCAGCAGUGACACGGGGCUGGGCGACUCCGUGUGCUCCAGCCCAAGCAUCUCCAGCACCACCAGCCCCAAGCUCGACCCGCCCCCCUCCCCUCACGCCAACAGAAAGAAGCAUCGGAGGAAGAAAAGCACCAGCAACUUCAAAGCCGAUGGCCUCUCCGGCACUGCUGACGAACAAGAAGAAAACUUUGAGUUUAUCAUUGUGUCCCUCACUGGCCAGACGUGGCACUUUGAAGCCACCACCUACGAGGAGCGAGACGCGUGGGUCCAGGCCAUCGAAAGCCAGAUCCUCGCCAGCUUACAGUCGUGUGAGAGCAGCAAGAAUAAGUCCCGACUGACCAGCCAGAGUGAGGCCAUGGCCUUGCAGUCGAUACGGAACAUCCGUGGGAACUCCCACUGUGUGGACUGCGAGACUCAGAAUCCCAACUGGGCCAGUUUGAACUUGGGAGCCCUCAUGUGCAUCGAGUGCUCAGGGAUCCACCGGAAUCUUGGCACCCACCUUUCUCGGGUCCGAUCUCUGGACCUCGAUGACUGGCCCAUUGAGCUUAUCAAGGUGAUGUCGUCCAUUGGGAACGAGCUGGCCAACAGCGUCUGGGAGGAGAGUACCCAGGGGCGGAUGAAGCCCUCACUGGACUCCACGAGGGAAGAGAAGGAGUGGUGGAUCCGGGCCAAGUACGAGCAGAAGCUCUUCCUGGCCCCGCUGCCGUGCCUGGAGCUGUCCCUGGGCCAGCACCUGCUGCGGGCCACCGCCGACGAGGACCUGCGGACAGUCAUCUUGCUGCUGGCACACGGCUCCCGGGACGAGGUGAACGAGACCUGCGGGGAGGGCGACGGCCGCACGGCGCUGCACCUGGCCUGCCGGAAGGGCAAUGUGGUCCUGGCCCAGCUCCUUAUCUGGUACGGGGUGGAUGUGAUGGCCCGCGACGCGCACGGGAACACGGCGCUGGCCUACGCGCGGCAGGCCUCCAGCCAGGAGUGCACCGACGUCCUGCUGCAGUACGGCUGCCCCGACGAGCGCUUCGUGCUCAUGGCCACCCCCAACCUGUCCAGGAAGAACAAUAACCGGAACAACAGCGGCGGGAGGGUGCCCACCAUCAUCUGAGGACCGGCGGUGCCUACAGCCUCCCGUGCACCCUGGGGAGUCACACCACGUGAGUCCCGUCGCGUCCCCUCACUCCUCCCGGUGGUCCCCAGCCACCCGCCCCCCACCCCCUCUCAUUCCCAGCGAAAUCACAAAACCCAGACGGUCCUCAAGGGGCGAAGAGGAGACCCGGAGGCUGCAGCAUCGAUUCCUUUGCAUAAACUCCCCUGAUCGACACACAGGAGCACCAGUGGGCCUGGGUUUGUCGAUGGUAGCACAGGGCACCGGACCCUGGUCCAUCCGGUGGCCAGGAGACGGAGCACGGCACAAGGGACGGAACACGGGGGGAGGGAGGCACGCGGCCAGGAGAAGGGGUAGCUCUCCUUACCUGGCAGUUAAGCACAUCAGUACAUUUCACCUCCACCAAACGGAACACUUGGAUUUCAUCUCUUCUCCGAGGAGCUUGACGGCAUAAAUCAGAAGCAAGCAGAGUUUGUCAGGUUUGAAGCCCCUAUGAUGGUAUGUGUCAAAUCAGUUGUAGCUAAUCUGUCCAGGGAGAAUACUGGCUUCAUUACACUUGUAUAGUUGAGUUCUUCCAGCAUUACCGCUGUUUAAUAGAACAUGAUUAGUCAUCACCGAGAAGAAAGCAUAUUAGCCGAGGAGGUAGUUACACAGCAUGCUCUGAUGAUUGCCACGAUGGGAUUGCAAUACUCUUAGACGCAUCAUAUUAUCCCAGACAUGUUCUUUCAGGCCCUCGGAGCCCUCCUUUCUAAAUUCACUGUCAUAAUUUAGUAUCUGUUUAAUUUUUCAGUCCAAAGAGAGGAAAUCAGUUGCCGAGUAUUAUUUGACUGCAGUCUCCUUGCACAAAAAACAAAAUGGAAAAAAAUAAAUGAGACUGACUUGAAAGUUCAACAGGAAAUCACAAAUUCGGCUAACAACAACAUUUUGAGCACAUUUAGUGAACUAAGUAAAUGCGUAAAAGGCUAUUUUUUGCCCAAACCGGAGAGAUACUUUGUGUCCUUUUGCCAAGGUGGGUGUCUGGGGUCUCAGUCACUCCGGCCCACAUCACCCAAGUCACACAGGCUUCUGUAUUCUGUCUUUAGAUGAGAUGUGUUGAAAAUCUAUUUGAAUAAAAGAAGUUCAUAAAUAUGCAUUGAUUUUUGUACAGACAAAUGGCACCUCUGUUAAUUUAUAAAUUGAACUGGAUGUGAACUAAUAACAUGCAACUAGUUGAAAUAAGAGGGUUACAGAUCAUUGUACAUGGGAAAUAUUCCCGGCAGUAAACACUUCCAUUAAUGUGAUCUACAGCUUUUAAAAAGGAGCAUAUCAGAAUAAGAUGGUGGUACAAUUUGCUUAUUAAAAUCAAGAAAGGGGGGAAAAAAACAUAUUAAAGGGGGAAAGAGCCAUGUGAUUCCUCAUUUACUGAAAGCACGAUGUAGAUCUGAUACUACUUUAGCCAACCCAGAGGCAGGGGCUGUGGCAAGGUAGGGGGUGACUUUCCAAAUCCCAGACCUGGGCGUUUUGCAAAGGUCCAUCCUGACCACUGCUGCCGAUUUGGGGGGCACAGACUGACUCAUGAGACUCCCUCGGACUUUUUUUUUUACCUGGUGGCCAGGCCCAUCGUUUUAGUACAUCACCCAAUUUGCCAUCCUCAUGGUUUUGGCUGCUUCAGACUUCAGCCACCUUCAACUUGGUGGCCAAACGUAGUAAACUAGAUCAAGGCACCUUAGGUGAAAAAGGAAAGGGGCACCUGUGCCUUGAGCCCUUUGGCAGUAUGACGGGGGGAGAGGUGUCACCUUGAAGGCCGGCACAGGACUGAUGCAGCACAGAGACACAGGGCCGCGAUCACCCUGCCGCCUCCGGGGCAGUUCCUUGUUCUCAUAUAUUAAACCUUCUAUUUUGUAAGAGUUUUUCCUCUUCAUUCACUUAAAAAAAAAAUAUUAAAGUAGGUGGCGAAAAAAAUAAAGCUGUACACAAUUUCUACGUGGGUCAGUGUUUCAUGGGCAUUUGUAACCUUGAUGCAGCUCAGUGGGACUCGGCAGUCUCCCAGGAUAACAGCUCGGAAGCCGCCAGCCUGGGAGCCUUGACAACAGCUCUAUAAUCCCUCCACCUGAUUUUUAAUUCUGUGUUUCAUCGCUGUGUGGUUGUUUUAAAUGUGAAUAGAGGAGAAAAAAAAAGGUCCUUCCUAUUUUUGAAGAACAUAUUACUGUUCUAAUCCAGCCACACACAUUGGCUUCCCCGUUAGCAUAGACGUUAUGUAGUGAACGCAGAUAGAGUAUACACGAAAUUCUUAAAUUAUUUCACUGUAGUUAAUUCCCGCCAUAGGAAUGCUUUAUCAUAGUGAAGCCUUCUUUUGAAAAGAGACGGAAUUCCUUGUAAGGCUUCUCUUUGGGAUGUAUAUGAGUGUGUACAGAUGAUUAUAUGUGUUUAUAAUAUAAUAUUUUCCCAGAUGACUUCUUUUUUCACUUAGCCUUUCAUGACCUGAAUGCUAGACUGGUUUCUUCCCUUCCUUCCCUCCAGAGCUGGGACUUCAUUGAUUUCUCCCUAGACAGCUCGACCCCUGUCCUGCUAUUUUUAGCCAUGCUGAUCUGCUCCAGGAGGCAGCCUGCUUUCUUGAGCCCGAGUUUUGGCAACAGAGAAAAGGCGGUAGCAGGUUUCAAGGGUUUUCUUUUAAAAUAAAGGGGAUAGGUGGCUCGUCUGUUUGUAUUUCAGUGUCAAACCAGAAGUCCUUUCUUUGCUGACAGCGUUCUCAUUCCCAUCUUAAAGCCUUACUAACACCAAGGCCGAAAAGCGAGGACCCAGGGCCAGUGUUAGAAAUAACGAGUUUGGGAAGGGGGUCGAGUUUUCACAGUUUAUGUCCACGUAAGUUCAGGGCUAUGACAGUGACACAGGAAGUCACCACUGCAGAAGCCACGUAACCUUUGCUAUUCAGAAUUAGAAUUUUUCCUUGACGAGAAACCCACUGGCUGGGGAAGGCAUGUGAUCAGGCGGCCACGCGUGAGGGUACCUGCACAGGUGAUCUGGAUGUAUCGCAGACCUCUCUGGGUUUCUCCCGUGGCCAAGAGAACCCUGCAGAGAAAGGAGUCUUGAUUCUGACGAUGCACGGGUGGACCUCGAGUACUAGGGCGGACAGAUAGACGGUUUACCAAGCCAGAGUCCCAGGUCCCUCCUGUCUCCUGUCUUCCCAGGACAUGAGCAGUCAAGGGGGAGCAAAUGAUGUCAUCGCCGUGAGUCUUUGGUCCCGUAAGUAGGUGCAGUUUCCUGUCCCCACUGGACUCCACGGAAAGCAGGUGGGGGCAGCAGGCGCUUGCUGACGGUGGGGCUGUCCGGUGCAGGAGAGAGCAGCUCCUCCUGAAUUACUCUGGCCUGGAAUCCUUAGAGCAUCACCUUUCCUGCAGAGCCAUGAGCCUAGGCUGUGGCCCUUGCCGCACCAGUGCAGGGCCAUGCACUUCUGCCCGCCGCUCCUCUGAGGUUUUGUGCAGCCUCAUGUGGUCUAUCUGGACCCAGCCUCAGCCUCCGGCAUCAGCUCCCGGCCUCCUGGUUUGGGGCCACCUGCCCACAUUCAGGGUCAUUCCCCAUGUUUGCGAAGGAGCUGUUGCUACUUCAUUAGGGGAGAGCAGUCCAAUGAGAAAGGCAGGCCUGGGGCCAAGCGGACCUGGUUUCACCUGGCCUGACCCACCUGAGCGGCACCCAGCUUCCCGGGGUCCUUCCUCGGCUGUAAAACCUUGUGGCCUUGCAGGGGGUGGUGAUGUUUAGACCGGUGUAGUACGUGCCAGCCCGACACCCAGCCAGGGGCAGGGUACUCAGGAGAACAGAACGUGGGUAGGACAGGGGCCAGGACACCUGCCCGGGAGCCAGCGCCCUGGGGGUUGGUGCCUGGGGCGCUGUGGCAGCCUCUGCCAGCCCCCACCCCAUCUCUGCCGAGCCCAAUGGAGCCCCUUCCUGCCCAUGUGUCAGAGGAGGGAGUGAGGCUUUCCGAGGAACCCUGCUCCUGGGCAGCCCCACCUUCACGUCAGCAUACUCACCGCAAUGCGCCCUCCAGCCUCCGAGUUUGAUUUUCUAGAGGAAGGGAAGGUGAGAGUCUCCAUCACGCCGUUCACUUCCACUGCUUCUGGCCGAGACCGCCCUUCUCUCUCCCUCACCUUCUGCUAUAUUGUAGGUCCCAAGGCCUCCCUCCUUCAGCACCUCCUCCGGCCCCAAGAGGCCGCUGGACACACUCGUGUUUGGACCCCAUUAAGUGUCCUUUUUUCCUGCUUCCCCUUAAAACCAGAGCUGCCUGCAGGGCACCCUGGGCUCCAUGGCCUCCCUCCCUCUCUCUCUCUCUCUCUCUUUCUGCCCCUCACUGAGCUUGUGUGGUUGGUUGGUGAGCUGUCUUCCCUUUCAAGAGUGACUUUCACCUUGUCCUAUGCCUGCCCUUGGUGGUCACAUCUUUCCCCUUCCCAGUGGCCGUUGUCUCCUGCCCAACCCCUGGCCCGAGCUUUGCUCACGGGUAACGUAGGCCCCCUUGGCUCCAACCCCACCAAUUCUUUCUCUUUGCAUUUAGAAUGUUCUGGAAGCAAGACGGGGCAAUCCACAUUCCCAGCUGGGGAGACUCAGAAGCCUUGCAACAAUGUAGGUCCUCUGUGAGUAAGUAGGGUCAGGUCUCAAAAACUUCUCAGAAGGCACAGGUGAUUGGAAAGCAAAUCCGUUACCUCUGGAUGGGCUGCUUCCCCUCCCCCCACGUCCUCUCUGUUUACAUCCGUCACGCGCCCCGCAAGGUCACGGCCACUUUUCUCGAACUCCCCUAGAUUGUAUUUAUGUCCUUCAAGCAAACAGAUUGGAAAGCCGUCAGGAAGGAAUUCAGAUAGAAACGUGCUGAAGAUACACAUCUUUCUUUCCCAGGAAAUAUAAUUUAUUUCUGACUGCCUCCUCGAACAUGGGCUUCACACGUUGUGAAGUCGUGUCUUGGAGUGGUUUUUCCCCCUCAUCCUUCACCAAAAAGCUAAAUAAGGGCCGUUGGCAGUGAGACUUGCAUUUUUCUCUUUUAGCCAUUAUUUAGCCAUGGUUUUUUUUGGAUUCCCCAUGUGGCUAUCCUCAGGAAGCCCUGUGGUCAGUGGGUCUUUGGUGUGGGCUCUACCCCAGCCAGGCCAGGGCCGCCAGGUGAGGCCUGCUGCGGGCCAGGUCUGUCCCCGCUCAGCUCUGUGCCCUAUGCUGAUGGGCCCUUUGUCCUUCCAAGUUUCUAAAUCAGGUUGCCUUUCAGUCAGGACGUCAGAUUCCUUCCAGUUACGCAGACGAGAGACGCAGGGCCGGUUAGUCACUUAGGGUAGAUGAGAACAGUGCUCAGACUUUCAGUUCCAUCAGUGCCAGGAAGUAGGCACUGGAACCCAAGUUGCUGUGACACCCGAGAGAGAAACGUUGCCACUCAGGGCCAGCACCCCCACGUUGGACGUUCAACCACCUAAGACAUGAUUAUCCCCAAACCACCGAUUUUCUCCCCCUUAGAAAAGAAAUGCUGUCCUGAAAUAGAUUUUUGUAAAAAAACAUGAAUAAAUUCCCUGUCUCAUUUUGGAUGUCUGCUGCUUUUUAAACAUAGAUUGACACUUUUUUCCAGUUUGGCUUUUUCAGUUUGGACUCAAGUUGAAAUUAGAGGACAUUUCAUCAGCAGGGGAUUCUGUAAAAUGAAAAAGUCUGUUUUUAAUCUGUGAUUUUUUUUUUAAAGCCCAGGUUUUAGAAGUAUUUCUGUUUCACCAGUGUAGUAAGCACCCUCCUCAAAACAAGGGUACAGUAACCAGAAACUUACCACAUUUCACUUAUGAGGUGUUGUUUUUGUUGACAGCAAUUGGUUUGGGGGUUUGCGCCCUUUUGGUAAAAAUGUCCUUGUCUGAGGCCCUCAUCCCAUCUGAAAAAAGUUCUUAGGUGCCAGGGAGAGGGCAGAGUUGGGGCAGGCGUGCCCAGCAGAGACCCAAGGUGGCUCUAAAGGCUGCAGAUGUACAAGUGUGAGGCUGCCCCAUUAAAGGGACAGGAGUGCUGGCUUCCAGCUAUGGGACACCUGGCACCCGGCAAGUGCUGGCCGUGUGCGAGGCGAGGCGCCUGUAUGAGUGAGAGGUGGGCUCGAGGCUUGUCUUGUGCUGGGCCUGGCUGUGGCGUCUGUAGAGGACCCCCAAGGGUCGUGAUCAAGGAAUAGGAGAGAGCCUCGUCUGUCCGAGUGCAUUUAGGAUCGAUCCAGAUUUCAGUGUCGGUGAGCAUUCCAAGACCUUCAUCUUGAGAUGCAGAUGAAAGAAAGGAACCAAACAAGAUGUGAAAAGGCUGGGGAGUCUUUGGAAUGGAGCAAGCCCCCUUAACACACCCGCUGUCGGGAACAGUCGCCCCCAAAUCAGGUCAUGCCCCUGUCUCCCUAGUGCCAGACAGCAUCCACACCGGCCCAGAAGCUAAUGUCUAAGCUGGUUCAAAUACUCUUGGAAAAAGGAGACUCUGCCCAACCCCUGGAAGCUCACAGUCAGCACUGGCUUGAGGAAGUUAAAGGCGUGUCAGGGCUGAAUAAAGGACGUCCCAGGUCUCCCCAUGCCUGGUAGGAUGCCUGUGUUAGAAACCCUGAGCUCCGGCUUCGUGCAAAGACCUUGGUGGGUGGCCCAACCGGGGACACUGCUCUCAGCUCUGCAUCUGACAGUCUGCUGAGUCGCCCGGGGAAAGGGUACAUGCCGCUUGGGAGGACAGAGGCUGGACCCAGGGCCCCAUGAGCUGGGGAUGAGCCGGGGAGUUAGCUCUUACUCACUGCUCAUGUGAGCACAUCAUGCACCUCCCAGCCCGCAGUCCCACCCCCCGGGCCCCGGCAGUUUUCUCACCAGGACUAAUAAGGGUGCAGUGGUGGACCUGAGCGAGGCUCGGGGCUGUCCCGUGGUGGUGAGGCAGUGGUACCCUUAGAAACUUCUGUAUGGCAGUUCACGCAUCUUGGUCUUAGAAAUAAUGCCUUCUCCAAACCUUGAAAAGCAGCAGGGUUUCUCUUCUCCGACUGGGUUUUGUGUCUAAAAGAUAGCAAAUUCUCAAGGCUGCUGCCCCGCCCUUGCUUGUGCACCCACGUGCUGGGGAUGCCGUGUGCACUGGAUUAAAGGUGCUCUGCUGAGCCCCGGAAGGCCCGGGCUGGCGGCCCCGGGAAGGGCUGGAAUUUGGCCACACCAGCCACAGGCACCGCUGCGUGGGUCCUAGGGAGUGGCUUCCUGCCCCAGACAACCCCCACUCUCCUGUCCCUGACUUGGAACCAGGUUCUUAUCUUGCUCCUGGGUGUGUUUCUGAAAGGGAAGCCUGAGCAGGUCAAAGGUGAUGACUGAGGGCAUUUUUAGGAGGGAACAGGGAAGGCCGCACCUCGGCACAUUUUAGCACAUUUCUCUGUUUCUGUAAAUAGCCAUGUAUAGAAGAUGGAAGAGUAGCCUGGGGUUUAUCCAGAGAUGGCUUUUUUUUUUUUUUUUUUUUGGUUGUUUUUAUAUUACCUCAUUCAGCAAGUUUAUGUUUCACAAUGACUCAAUGAUGCUUUAUUUAUAUUGUUUGUACUGUAAUUAAAACCAUUGACAGACAUUUCACUUGGCUUGUUAUUUCAUAUGAUCUUGUUUUGAUUAAAUAUGCCAGUUUGUAUUUUCCUGCCUUGGGAUUUUUUGUGUCAGCUGUACAGUAUUCUAAGGGGGAAAAAAAAGAAAAAGAAAAAUGUGUAAAGUAAUGGAGAGAGGU